AAGGACUUCGUCGUCGACGUGGCCCGCCUCGCGGAGAGCGCGGCCCCCGUGGCGUUCUCGCCGAAGGCGCGCUCUGCGGAGGCGGGCGCGGCGGGCGCGGCUGCUGGCCUCCGGGUGGCGGAGCGCCCAGCGGCUUGGCCCGCGCUGGAGGCCGCCAAGGCGGCGCUCGCGGAGGCCGCCAAGGGCGCGCCCGCCAAGAAGAAGAUUGUGCGGAGAACCAAGCCUUCCUCUGGCGAGGCGGCGAAGGCGCCCGACGCCGCCGCCGAGGGCGCCUUCGACGUCGAGGGCGACCUCGGAUCGCUGAAGUGGCAGACCGUGCGCAGCGCCCAGUCCGUGGACGUGUUCCUCGAGGCCUCCCUGUUGCUCCCCGCCGACGCCGACCUGCUCUUGCACUGGGGCUGCAUCGGCGCCGUGGGCGGCGAGUGGGCCGAGCCGGCGUCCAAGCCAGCGGGCACCACGCCCGUCGGCGACGGCAAGGCUUCCCGCUCGCCCUUCGAGGGCCAGGCGCGGUUGGCGCUGUCCUUCCCCCUGGACUCCGCCCCCGGAGGCCUCGCCUUCGUGCUCUACGCGACGGCCGGCGGGGCCGAGCAGUGGCUGAAGACCUCUGGCGGCGGCGACUUCUGCGUCCCGGUCGCCGGCCUCGAGCAGGCGGCGGAGGGCGGCACCGAGGACCUCCGAGGAGGGAAAGAUACCCCAUCUCGGUGCGGAUCCAGCCGCGGCCACGAGAGCGCCCCAGGACGAUGUCAGACGCCUCCGUGGAGCGAGCCUCGAGCCUCGAGCGUCGAACCUCGAGCCCGAAGCCGCCGCGACCUCGCGCCAGGACAUGGCCCACGCGCAGGAGGCCCUCGGCGGCGCCCUGGCGGCCAAGACGGCCUCGGCGGUUGGGCGCGCGCAGCGGGUGCUCCUGCGGCUCUGCGCGCCCGCCGUGCCGCGGGGGAACUCGGGAGGCGGGGAUGCGAUCCGCCACGGCAUCCUGAACAUCAUGCGCACCCACGGGAUCAAGGAGGGCCACCGGCCGGGCAUCGAUUGCCAGUUCAUCGGGCAGUGGCACCAGAAGCUUCACACGAACUCAGCGCCGGACGAUAUCAUCAUCUGCGAGGGCUACUUGCGCUUCCUAGGCUCGGGCAACCCCGAGGACAUGUUCGGGCACCUGCACAACUGCGGCAUCACGCGCGAGGACCUCGGGAAGAUGUGCACGAUGGGCUUCGUAGACCACACCAAGUCUGGCCGGAAGGGCCUGAACGUGAACCCUCUGCACUUGCCCCAGCUCACGCACGACAUGAACGGCUACCUGAACCUCCUGAAGCACGUCCACGGGGGCACCGACCUGUUCUCGUUGUGCGAGGCGUGCAAGGGGCAGUACCCCGACCAUGGCGCGGAGUGCAUGGCCUUCGAGAUCUUCCACGCCAGGGACGACCCCUUCACCAUGGGCAAGAUCGUGGAGCUGAGGCGCCGGCUCGAGCACAGCCUGGGGAAGAGGGACGUGCUCAUGCUGGACGUCGCGAUGGAGGAGCAGCAGCGGUCCCUGGCCGAGCGGACGAGGCUGGCCGACCUGGGCCGGGACCCGCUGCUGGACUACCUGAAGGUGCUGCUGCAGGGGCUCGCGCUCUCACGCCGGGAACCCUCGCUCGACCACGGCGUCGCCCUCUUCGAGAGGCUGGCCCGCGACGGCGAGAAAUGGGGCGCCGAGUGGUGCAAGCUUAUGCACGCGGCCUGCGACCGCCUGUCGCUCGUCGUUACCUCCACCAUCGACGAGGUGGUCUCCCUCCUCCAGGGUUGCGCGGACAAGCUGCGGGAGGCCGGGGCGAAGAGCGGCGCCGUGUUCGCACCGGACGAGAAGGUGCUGGAGGCGUUCGGGGAGGAGACGGGCCGCUGCCUCACGGAGCGGGUCGUGGCGCAGGCGCUGAAGUGCCUGAUGCCGCAGCUUCGGAGGGGCGCCGGCCUGGGGCCCUGGGAGGUGGUCAGCCAGGGCGGCGGCGGCGGCGCCGUGGGCAAGGUCGCGGUGAUGGCCGCGCUGCCGGCUGCCGUGGAGCCGGCCGAGGCCCCGAUGGUUGCCGUGGUGGAGACGAUGACGGGGUGGGAGGACAUCCCCGCCGGCAUCGUCGCCCUGCUCCUGCCCGCGUCCCAGGCGGUGGACACCCUGUCGCACGUGGCCAUCCGCGCCAGGAACCAGCGGGUGCUCCUGGCCAGCUGCGACGACGACGCGCAGCUGGAGGCGCUGCGCGCCGCCAAGGGCAGCAGGCUGCGGGUGGAGGUGAGCACCCAGGGCGUGGAGUGGCGCACGGCCACGGAGAAGGAUCAGGGCGGCAAGGCGGCCCAGCAGGCGCAGGCGCCAGUGCAAGUGAAGGUUGCGAAGCCGCCGCCGCCGCCCGCCGCGGUCUUGCCGUCGAAGAAGUUCAUAGAGCACAGGAAGUGCCUCGGCGGCAAGAGCCUGCACCUCGCGGAGCUGGCUCCCAAGGACGGCGCGUACCAGGUGCCGCAGUCGGUCACCGUCCCCUUCGGGAUGUUCGAGAAGGCCCUGGCGGCGGACGAGAACGCGGACGUCCGCGAGGAGCUGCAGGAGCUCUGCGAGGAGGGGGACUGGGCCGCCGCGCGCGAGUGCAUCGUGAGCUACCUGGCCGUGCCCGCAGAGGUCGAGCAGGGCCUCGCCGCCGAGCUCCGCGCGGCGGGCGCGCCCGCGCUCCCGAGCAGCGCCGACGCGUGGGGGCGCGCGCUGAAGGGCGUGUGGGCCUCGAAGUGGUCGGAGCGGGCCGUGUCGAGCCGGCGCCAGAUGCAGAUCCCCGACAGCGCCCUCUUCCUGGCAGUGCUUUGCCAGCCGCUGUUCCCCUCCGCCUACGCCUUCGUGAUCCACACCAGGUCCCCCCUGCCCGGCGCCAAGGCCGACGAGCAGCUGAUUGAGCUGUGCGUGGGCCUCGGCGAGUCUCUGGUCAGCAACUCCCCCGGGCGAGCGCUCUCGGCUUCUGUCGGGCCGUCUGGGACCCCUGUGGUGGUACACACGUACCCAUCCAGGAGCCCGACGGCGUCUUUGCACCAGAGGGCGGCUCCCACAUUUUUCGCUCGGACUCGAACGGGGAGGACCUGGAAGGCUUUGCCGGCGCGGGCCUGUACGACUCCAUCACCGUGGUGGGCUGCACGCACCAGCCCGUCAACUACGCCGAGGAGCCCCUGCUGUUCGACAGCGGCAAGCGGGAGGCCCUGCUCCGCAGGCUCCGGAAGGGGGG